AUAUAUUAUAUAUUUUUUUUAAACCCACUAUGUGUUGUGUUUAUCACGUGUAAGAUAAUAGCCCCCCUCUAACUCUCUAAGAACCUUCGCCGGCUACGCCAUGAGUGGCGUUUGCAGCCACUCAUCCCCAAUUUUCAUUUAUUCCUCAUUUAAAUUUAUAGUCCACGCGCACAGAUUCAAUAGCUUUCACACUCAACGAUUCCACACGUUAUAUAUACGACAGCAAUCACAUGUUUUUGAGCACGACGAAUCACUCCAUUCUGUCCCCCGCUGCGGAACUCACAACAAUUUUCAGGCGAGACGAGAGAGAAAGCAUAAAUUUAUUUAGAGAGAGAGGCAUCGGUUUAUUUUGUCCGAAGAAGAUGGGGAGUGAAGGAGCAGAGAUGAAGGGUUCGAGGAAAUUGAGGUUGCUGUGUCUCCACGGAUUCCGCACCAGCGGCGAAAUCAUCAAGAAACAAGUCACCGGGAAAUGGCCGGAAUCUGUGCUGGAAAAAUUGGAUCUCGUUUUCGCCGACGCCCCUUUUCCUUGCCAAGGAAAAUCCGACGUUGAGGGAAUCUUUGAUCCGCCUUAUUAUGAGUGGUUCCAGUUCAACAAGGAAUUUUCGACAUAUGAGAACUUUGAUGAGUGUCUUGCUUAUAUAGAAGAUCUCAUGCUCAAGCAUGGCCCAUUUGAUGGUCUUCUUGGUUUUUCACAGGGCGCAAUUCUAUCGGCUGGCCUGGCUGGAAUGCAAGCAAACGGCGUGGCUCUCACAAGAGUACCUAAGAUAAAACUCGUAGUCAUAAUCGGAGGUGCAAAAUUUAGAAAUCCAUCCGUGGUUGAGCAAGCUUAUUCUGCACCAAUUCGAUGCCGCUCUGUUCACUUCUUAGGGGACCAAGACUUCUUGAAGGAGUAUGGCACUGAGCUGCUCGACUCGUUCGUUGAUCCUCUCGUGAUUCGUCAUCCCAAGGGGCAUACUAUACCGAGAUUCGAUGAGAAAGGUUUGGAGAGCAUGCUUAGUUUUCUUGAGAAGAUGCAGAAGGAUGUUGUACAAGAGAAACAAGAUACUAGUAUUAUUUUAGACAAUGAUGAAACGAUGGAGCUUUGAAACUUCUAAUUUGCCAUUGCAAUUUCUUAUGUUUAAUAUGAUAACCAUAGCGGCAUAGCCUAUUUAUGAACCUCUCUCUCUCUCUCAAAAUGCAAAAAUAGGUUGUAAAUGAGUCGAACUGCUCGUGCCUAUAUUCGAUAAGAGUUUUGUUUGAGCUCAUUUAGUGAAAUUCAUAAACAUAAACUAUUUGUUAUCGCA